AUGACAACUCUUCAUGAUGUAAAAUGUGAAAGACGCAUCGUUAACGGUGAAGAAAUAGAUAAAAGCUAUGUGGUAUACAUCGUUUGGGACACAUCAAAUGAAACUCUAACCGAGUACCUUGAUAGUAACACUGUAUGUGGUGGUUUUAUAUUAAAUGAAGUUAUGGUUGUAACUUCAGGUGCAUGCCUAAAACAGUUUCCAUAUCAGUACGUGAUAGCAGGCUACAACAAGUAUGUCCCAGGUGCUGUGGGUCGCAAUAAGAAGGAAGAAGAAUGUAUGGAAAUAGCAAAGAAACCCAUAAUUGAAAAAUGUUAUCAUUAUUAUCCACACCUCAGACUACACCAUGCAUGGGCUUAUAAUGAUUUAGCUAUCGCGAGGCUAGAAACAGCAUAUGAUUUCAAUAAUCAAGCCUUUACAGAAAAAUGUUCGUAUCAGCCAACCGUAGCUAAUUAUAAAUACCGUGUGUUGCAACCAGGCACUGAUGUCGUCGUGUAUGGCUGGGGAUCGAAUCGUUAUCAUAAACCUGAAAAUAUAUCGUUCGACAUAAACCAGGAUUAUUUAAUGGCUACAACUACUAAAGUGAUUGCCUUAGAUGAGUGCGAUCAAAGUUAUGCACACUCAAUAUCAAAUGAUGGCAGGCCUAGAUUCUGCACAGAUGGUGAAUCCUCUUUAGAUAUCUACGGCGAGCCAACAGGUACACGGCGUGCCAACGUAACCUAUACCUCAAGAAAUCGUACCCAAGUCUAUGCUUUAGACGUGCUUGGUGUACGCAGAAAUAAAACUAUUGCGUUAAGAAAAAGCUUAUACAAAACUGGUAGAAGGCACGGACCCUGUCAGAACGAUCACGGUGGACCUAUUUCGACUUGGGAGCGUGGCGAAGAAAUAGUGGUAGGAAUAGUGACUGGCUACUUGGUGAACAAGGAUAUGGAAUGCGUCGGCCCUUACAUCUACUCAUUGUUGCAUUAUUUCCAUAGGUUUAUCGCUUGUACUCAGCAAAAAUUAAAUAAGCAAGGUGCAGUUCGUUCUGACGUACCUAAACCCGUCUCGAUGUACCAAUCUAUGACCAAGGCGCUGCUGGUUCUUCUUCUGGCUCGUUAUGCAAAAUGUCAAAGACGCAUCGUUAACGGUGAAGAGAUAAAUAAAAGUUAUGUGGUAUACUUCGUUUGGGACUUAUCAGAUAAAAAUCUAACUGAGUACCACGAUACUACCACUAUAUGUGGUGGUUUCUUUAUAACUGAAAAUUUGGUUAUAACUGCAGAUGAAUGCCUAAAAAUAUUCCCGACUCAGUACGUGAUAGCAGGCUACAAUAAGUAUGUCCCAGGUGCUGUGGGGCGCAAUAAGGAAGAAGAAGAAUGUUUGAAAAUAGCAAAGAAACCUAUAAUUGAAAAACAUUAUUUUCGCACCUCCCAGGCACAACUCAAGAAUGGAUGGCAAUAUGAAGAGUUAGCUUUCGCAAGACUAGAAACGGCAUUUGAUUUCAAUGAUCAAGCCUUUACCGAGAAAUGUUCGUAUCAGCCAUCCGUCGCUAAUUAUCAAUUCCGAGAGUUGAAACCUGGCACUGAUGUUGUUGUGUAUGGCUGGGGAUCGAAUCGUUAUCACAGACCUGAAAAUAUAUUGUUUGAUACUAACCAGAGCUAUUUAAUGGCUACAACCACUAAAGUAAUUGCUUUAGACGAAUGCAAUAAAAAUUAUAACCACGCAAUAAAUAAUAUUCACAACAUUAGAUUCUGCACGGAAGGCGAAUCCUCCUUAGAUGUCUAUGGUCAGCCGACAGAUACAAGACGUGCCAACACAAAUAACACCCACAGCGACCCCGUCUAUGCUUUAGAUGUGCCAGGUAUGCCCGGAAAUAAAACUAUUGGUUUAAGGAAAAGCUUAUACAGAACUGGUAGAAGGUACGGACCCUGUCAGAAUGAUCACGGUGGUCCUAUCGCGACUUGGGAGAAUGGAACUGAAAUAGUGGUAGGAAUAGUCACAGGGUACCUAGUGAACAAUGAUAUGGAAUGCGUCGCUCCCUACAUCUACACGGAGCUUACAUUUUUCAAAAAAUUUCUUAAUACAUCUUUGCAAAAAUUUAAGACCUAA